CUCAUCAUUAUUAGCUAGUCAGUGUCAGCAGUUUCUUCUUCUCAACUAAAGAAGCAAUGAAGUCCUUCUAUAUAGCUUGCUUUAUCCUUGCUUCCCUUGCUUGUGCUGUUUCUGGACAAGAACCAGUACCAGAAAGACCACUUGGUUUUGUUUAUUUGGAGGACGCCCGUCCUAAAGUUGUCCUUGAAGUCUUCUAUGACCAUUUAUGUGAUGAUUCUGCAGCCAGUUGGCCCACACUGAAGCAGAUUGAAUCAGAGUAUUCUGGUAAACAAGGUCUUGAGAUACUGAUCCAUAUCUUUCCAUUGGUCAACCAUCAUAAUGCAUUCUUCAUGCAGAAGGCUGGUGAGGUGGUGAGAAAUGAGACACGUGGCGAUAGGAAUGAGACUGAUGAUGCCUUUGUAACAUUCCUGGAACAGGCCUUCAAGCAACAAGAGGAGUUUUUGACUGGAGCUGUUGAUAUGACUGAGCCUCAAGUACAAGCAAAGAUAGCAGAAUUUACUGAAACUGCUACCAAAGUAUCCAAAGAGAAAGUGAUGGCUGGUUUUAAGAGUGAAAGGGUUGACACUAAAUCUCGCAAUGCAUGGAGAUACGCUGCCAGUCGCGGUAUCACAGGCACUCCACAGUACAUCAUUAAUGGUGUCCAUGAUUAUGACGCAGUUAAACUCGAUUUCGACGGUUGGAAGAAAAUGAUUGAUGAACUCAUGACAAGACCAUCAUAAACUUUAUGCUAUUUCACGUGCUAUUUUG